ACAGCGCCGCGCUAUAUAACACCGCGGCGCCACUCCUCGACAGUCACUGCUGCUGCAGCUCCCCAUCCGCCAUGUCCCUCAAGGUUGUUGUUGCCGUGCUGUCCACUCUGGCGGUCGCCGCCCUCGCCGCCCCCAGCAACCUGCCGAGUUACCACGCCCCAGCACAUCCUUCACCUUCCUACCACGCCCCUGCUCACCCCGCGCCCUCAUACCACGCUCCCAGGCCGUCUUACCACGCCCCCGCCCAGUACGCUGACGUCCCACCACAGUACAACGCCCAGUAUGCCGUCAAGGACGACUACAGCGGCAACGACUUCGGUGCCCAGGAGGCGCGUGACGGCUACAGCACUCAGGGCUCCUACCACGUACUGUUGCCCGACGGCCGCCUGCAGCGCGUCACCUACCACGUGGACGGCGACUCAGGCUACGUAGCCGAGGUGACCUACGAGGGAGAGGCGCAGUACGGCCACGCCCCAUCCUACGGCCACGCUCCUGCUCCUUCCUACGGCCACGCCCCCGCUCCUUCCUACUCUCCCAGGCCAGCCUAUGGCUAAAUCUAAGGUACCCGGCACCCUGAGGCCCGCCUCUAGGUCUUUGCGAUCACCAUGAACCAAAUACUCAUUGGAUGGAAGGACGGCGCCGCGUUUCCGAGAGGCAGCCGUGAUAAGGGCCGCUCCGAGCCCGCGGCCCGUCCUUCAUUCCUUCACUCCCGCCCCUCCCUCCAGGGCGCCCUAUGGAGGAUAUUUAUACUUCCCAAGCAAUAAACGAAAUGUGCUCCUC